AUGCGCAACCUUAGGAAUAUUCGCUUUUCGGAAGUCCCACUGCUUGGUGGGCUGCCUUUGGCCGCCACUGCGUGGGAUGGCACCACAGACUCGCUGAUAUGCGCAUUUGGUCCUGCGGAGGAUAAUGCAGUGAUCGAGCUGAAGAGAAAGCUGCCGCAUGAGGAUGUAAGUCCCGAGGCGCUGUCUGGGGACAUGUCCCUAAUUGCAUCCUGGGACGCGCCUUGCCCAAACCCAGACAUGGAAUGUGAUCGCAUAUUGUCUCUGCAGUACUUCCCCGACACCUUGGUAACAUGCUUGGUGCUAGAGGGCGGAGAUAUUAUUGUCGUCCGUGAAGAACCUCAGCCAGGAGAGGACAAGAUUGAAAUCGUCGGCAGCGUUGAUGCUGGUAUAUCUGCUGCCACUUGGUCUCCCGAUGAGGAGUUACUGGCUAUCUCCACAAAGGCAAAUACUUUACUUUACAUGACCAGGGACUUUGAAGGUGCUGCGGAUAUCGCGUUAAGUCAGGAAGAUCUCAAGAUAUCCCAACAUGUCUCCGUGGGCUGGGGAAAGAAAGAGACUCAGUUCCAGGGGAAACGAGCAAAAGCGCUGCGUGACCCAACAAUGCCGGAGAAAGUCGACGAAGGCAAGCUAAGCGAAUUUGAUGAUGGGGAAACCACUCUCAGCUGGAGAGGUGACGGUGCAUAUCUCGCUCUCAAUAGCAUCGAGGAUGGCAUUCGUCGAGUUAUCCGUGUCUAUUCUAGAGAAGGUGCAUUGGAUAGUGUGAGCGAGCCGGUGGAUGGGCUAGAGGGUGCUCUAAGCUGGCGGCCGUCUGGGAAUCUCAUUGCUGGAAUCCAACGACUUGAUAAUAGAAUCGAUGUCGUUUUCUUUGAAAGAAAUGGUUUACGGCACGGCCAGUUUACUCUUCGAUUAACAGAAGAGGAGCGGCUGAGCUGGGCAUCAAACAUUAAACUGGCCUGGAAUGUUGAUUCUAACGUUCUUGCAGUCCAGUUCAAAGAUAGGAUCCAGCUUUGGACUACAGGAAACUACCACUACUACCUCAAAGAAGAAAUUCCACUGUCAAUCGACGGAACAUCACUUUGUACGUUCCGCUGGCAUCAUGAGAAGUCUAUGCGUUUUACCACAAGCUCACCAACCUCACUGCUUGAUACCGAUUGGGUUUUCGAAGUUGCCGCCGGUUCGACUAUUGUUCCUAAUGACUUUGGUUCUAUCGCCGUAAUCGAUGGACGCACCUUGAAACUUUCUCCAUUGAAAGUGGCAACAGUGCCUCCCCCGAUGGCACUUUGCGAGCUUGCCCAUGAUUCAAAUGUUAUCGACGUGGCAUUUAGCAAGACAAGCGCGAAAAUUGCUAUUCUCAGUGCAGCUUCCUUUACCAUAUACUCUUGGGAUCUCAAAUCCACGUCUCCCCUUGAAGCAAAACUGUGCGCCACACACGCCAUAUCUCCAUCUAGGCGCCCUAGGCUAAUCGCUUUCCUCGGUGAGGACGAUAUCUACGUCGUGACGCAAGACGAAUUUGAGGGAGUUCAUAUAUCCUCCAUUUUCCCUGAUUCUGGGCAAGAGAAGCUUUGGAUUGCUCAGAUAUCUCAGAAUAAUAGGACGAGAACUUAUAGCUUUAUUCGAAGGAGCAGAGCUGAGGACUCCUCUGUUAUCCCAUGGCAAGAUGGGCCUGCAACCGACACCAGUUGGGCUCGUGCCAUCCAGCUUCCUAGCGGGGACGAUAUCUUAUUCACGCUUUCUCGAUCCGGGGCCCUAUAUGCCAAUAAGCGCUUACUCGCCAAGAGUGUCACCUCGUUUCUCCUAACCUCCGCCCACCUUAUCUACACAACCGCGCAGCAUCUACUUAAGUUUGUUCACAUUGCUAAAGUUGAUGAUCUCGAAAUUCCUGGGGAUACUCCAGAGGAAGACGAGAGAUGUCGAAGUGUUGAACGUGGAGCCAAAUUGAUUACUGCUAUGCCCUCGAAGCUUGGGCUUACCCUGCAGAUGCCCCGAGGAAAUAUAGAGACAAUCUACCCUCGAGCUUUUGUCCUGGCCGGUAUCCGUGGCUAUAUUGAAAACAAGAAAUACAAAUCAGCCUAUCUGGUUUGUAGAUCACAGAUGGUGGAUAUGAACAUCCUUUAUGACUAUAUGCCUGAGCAAUUCUUGGAUAAUAUACCGCUCUUCCUUGAUCAAGUGAAACGGGUCGAGUUCAUCGACGAGUUUCUAUCUCGCCUUAAAAACGAAGAUGUAACAAAGACUCUUUAUAAGGAUACCCUUAAGCUUUCACAGCCUACAGAAGCCUCGAGGGGAGAUGGCCCGGGCUCAAACCAAGCGCCGGCUGGCUCCUUUGGUGUGGCUAAGGCUGAGAACAAAGUAAACAAGAUCUGCGACGCAUUCAUAGCCGUACUUUCCAAUCGAAUCGACACCAACUUACAAAACCUUGUUACUUCUCACGUCUGCAAGUCUCCGCCGGAUCUUGACGCUGGGCUUAGCCUAGUUGCUAAAUUGCGCGAGCAGAAUGCAGAACAGGCGGAAGAAGCUGUAGAGCACAUGUGUUUCCUUACAGAUGCCCACCAACUUUUCAAUUAUGCACUAGGUCUCUAUGACCUUGAACUUACGCUGAUGGUCGCUCAGCAGGCUCAACGAGACCCAAGAGAAUAUCUCCCAUUCCUUCAAAAGCUACACGGUGUCUCAGAGCUCCAACGAAAGUAUGAGAUUGACAACCACCUUGGCCGUUUCACCAAAGCAUUGAAAACUCUCCAUGCCUUGGGCUCAUAUGAUGACCUGAAGUUAUACACAAUCAAACAUAGCCUCUAUAAAGACGCCUUGGUGUUGUAUAAGUAUCAGCCGGAGCUUUUGCGGGAUAUGACCCAAUUGUACGCGGAUUACUUAUAUGACCAGUCAAACUACAAAGAAGCUGCUAUCGCUUACGAAUCCCUUGAAAUGUUCAAACCCGCUUAUGAAUCAUACAAGCUGGCACACAUGUGGCGAGAAUCUCUCUACUGUGCAGCCUUGGUUCCACUAUUAGAGACCGACCUGAACGAAUUAGCUACUUCGCUAUCCUCCACGCUCAUUGAUGAGAGUAAGGACUAUGUCUCCGCUGCCCGUAUCCAGUCUGACUACCUGCAUGACAUUCCUACUGCUGCACGGCUACUAUGUAAAGGCACACAGUUUGGGGACGCGUGCCGACUACUCGUUUUACAUGGCCAUCAAGAUCGAGUCUCCGAAAUCGUCGACCACGGCCUUGCGGAAGCAAUGGGAACCAUGACCGAACUUCUAGCAGACUGCAGAAGCCAAUUACAAGCGCAAGUGCCACGGAUUCAAGAAUUGAAAGCUAAACGCGUCGCCGAUCCCCUCGGGUUCUAUGGCGGUGAUCCGACUGGUGCUGGCGCUGGAGAUGUAGAUAUCCCUGACAACAUUUCCCUCGCCCCAACGGACGCCAGUACAAUGGCUGGUAGGAGUCUGUUCACCAGAUAUACUGGGGGAAGCAGUACGUCACGGGCCAGUAGCCGGAUGCGGAAGAGAGAAGAACGCAGACGCGCAAAGGGGAAGAAGGGUACAGUUUACGAAGAAGAGUACCUCGUCAACAGCGUGAGACGGCUGAUUGAGAAAGUCAACAGUUCGAUUGAGGAAGUGGAAGCGCUGGUCCAAGCAAUGCUAAGAAGAGGAAUGCGGGAACGAGCCGCGGUAGUGGAAAAGAACCUUGAUGAAGUUUUGGGUAUGUGUAGGGACUGUCUGAGUGAUGUCUUCGAGACCCCUGCCGAGACCAAUUUGGAUGCACAGGACAAAGAAAAUGAGCCUCCUGCUGGCGCAAUUUCAAGUGGAGAACGUGUUUACCUGGAGAGCAUGGAAGCUCUCAAGGGCAAGGGGAGAGAACCGCCAGUUGUCAAGGCUUUUACGAAGCUGUCUUUAUUGGGUGGUUAA